AUGGACGACGGAGAUGGAGAGGGCGAUACUAGGACGUUCAGGGUCAAUUUCUCCGGGGAGGGUUUGGCGAGUCUCCGCGGGACUGUGAAAGAGAAGCUGAAGGAAUUCCUGGGAGAUUACACCGACGACACUCUUGCGGUACGAAUCAUUAACAUAUAUCUAUUCAUUAACUCAUAGUUUGGGAUUCGGGUGCGUGGGAGAUGGUCGCAUUUGUGUCUUUUCGCUUGUGGGAUGUGAAUGACAAAGAAAGGAAAUGUUCUUCAGGUCUUCAUGAAAUUUUGGAUUUCUCUCCCUCGGAGGAUGAUAUGUUUCAAAGAAGAUAUCAUUUUUUCUGUUUCUGCACGAUCAUAUACAAAAAACGCAUUGAACUUUUUAUGAUGGCACGGUGAGCUCCUGUGCAGGAUAGCGCAAAGAAGAGAAUGCAUUUGUUUUUAUUAUAUUGUGGGAAAGCAAGAUACAAAGAAAAUGUUCUGAGUCAGACGCUAACGGUGUCAAGUGCAAGUGCAUGAAGACAUUUGUGAGAUAGAAAAUUAGACAUCGUCAGAAUGCAGUUUUCAUGAAUCUCGUGUUUUUGAGGAAGAGAUGAAAGUUUUGAGGAUGAUGACGAGUGGAGACAUUUUGUUAUGGUUCAGAGGAAGCCGUCUUUUUGCAGAUGAUUGUCAACAGUUCAGUAUAGUGCUGGAAAUGGCAUCACCGUAUCAAUGUAAAUUAAUUCGUUAUGGCUUUUAAUCUAAUACGUUGGGGCCCCUUGAAUCCCUCUCUAAUGUUAUCCUCAGUUUUACAUGUAAGUGCUUAAAUGGUGAAGAGAAUACUGGUUGAGAGGGCUGUGGUAGACGGGAGUGCAGAUGAUCGAAUGGAACUCAGUUGAGAGGGCAGUUGUAGGCUGUUGGCAGAUUGUGCUUUUCAUGGCCAAUGAAAAUAAUUUUGGAAAAAAGAGGACCUUGAGUAUGGACCUUCAUAAGAAGUGGGACUAUUUUAUUGCUUUCAGGUUAUGCUUCCCGAGAGAGCAACAGCAAUCAUAUUGAGCUGUUUUAGAAUUAAAAAAUAAGUUGGUGAAUACUGAUAUGGCGCCAGGUUUUGAUGCUGUAAGUUAUGAAUAUGAGAGUGGAAAGCGUACAUAGGAGACACAAGAGAAGGAUGAUGUAGAAUACACAAGAGUUGAAAAUAGUUAUCCUGCUGUCAAGUAGCUAGUGGUUGAUUCAAGAUCGAAGAAAGGAGAUGGUAAAUGAAGAUGUCUUCAUUUCAUGGUUCAAAUGUAGUUUUGACAAAUAAUUGAUAUACGUGCACUUUUAGUGUUAAUUGAGACAAGGGCUUUAUUAUUUUAUUCGUCCCAUGUUUAUUCCUGUUGCAUUAUGCUGUACGAUAUGCCUCAAAAGAGAGUAUGCCAUAGAUUCUUUUUUAAAAGGAAAUUAUUUCAUCUCAGAACGUAGGCCUUUGUUGCACCCGUGGCCGCUACUGAAAGGCCACCAGAAAUAAUUAUUGGACCUUUCUAAUGAGCCUUAGUCUCGAUAUUCCUGGCACAGAACCUGGGUGCAUGUACAGCAGUAUGCUUGUUUGUGUUAUCAACAUAAUGAAAUUCCUGGAUUUUAUUGUGCGCAAAGGUUGUUUACUAUCUGCAAUUGGACAAAAAUAGUUCGUGAAAGUUCAUUUUAUUUAUAUGAUUUUAUAUCUUUCUCUAGGCAUUCUUCGAUUUUCCCUGCCUCUUAGUCUCCAUUGCGGGAUUAUAAUUUGAAUAAUAUCUGUUUCGAACAAAUUUCCGAGUUGAUGCAGUACCUUUGCUUUACUUUUUCAGGAAUAUGUUAUCGUCUUACUUAGAAAUGGGAGACACAAGGAGGAGGCUAGAAAGGAACUCGGUGUGUUCCUAGAAAAGGAUAGUGUUGCAUUUGUGUCAUGGUAGGUUUCUUACUACUUUAAAUUGCAUUCUGGCUGCGAUUGACAAAGUUCAAAAAUCACUUUGAUUUGAUUGAAAUAAUGUGAGCUAAUUUCUUCUUGUACGGGUGCCUUUAUGUGAUUUGAUAAUGUGCCUGUACUGUAGGCUUUGGGAUCACCUGUCCUCAAACUUGCACCUCUAUCUACCUCCGGAGGAAAACUUGAUCGAUGGAGACGAUAAUCUGACACCCACCUCAGGAGGAUCUAAUGACAACCUAGAGCAAGUAAGUGGUGGCAUCAAAUCGGAUUCGGAAAAUGGGCGGAAAAGACCUGUAAAAGAGUCCAGCAAUCGGCGGAAUAGGGAAUGGAGAGGCCUGGUCCAAGAUGAGACAGACUCACUUCAUCAGAGCACUACAAUUGAGAAUGCCCUUCAGGAAAAAAUCUCACGCAAACACAGUCCCAUCCGGAGAUCCCGCUCUCCUAGACCUCUGGUACAUGAAAAACGGAGGAGACAAGAUGAACAACAGACAACGAAGGUUAGUACAGUUUAAGCAGUUUUUUGGUGGCUUCCAUUGCUACUAGCCGUUGUUUGAAAUGUUUUCUGAAGCUAUUUUCUUUUUAUUUCAUAUUUUUGAUCUAUCAAGAAAAAGGUGAAUAAGUGGUCAGAGUUAGUCGAAAUAUUUUCAUUUCUAACUUUUCUUAAUUCUCUUGUGGUUCCUGUCAUUCAUUUCAAGUUGAUCUUAUUCUUAACGUUUUUCUUUCAUCGUUUUGUUUAUAUAUAUCUCGUAAAAGGAAAAUCUACCUGAUUCCGAAAUAAGAGAGUUUCCAUAGAUGGUGCUAAUUUUCAAAUUUCGUCUUAUGUGGUGAGUGCUAAAGAUUAAUUUUUGUUCACUGGUCUUAUAAAAUAUGAGUUCUGCCUUUUUUUUCUUAACAUAUGUUAAUGGUUAGGACGCUGCCCAUGAUUACAGUUGUAAUUGCCCAUUGUCAAGAACAUUGGAACCUCCUGAACCACCUGUACAUCGUCGUAUUCAUGAUGAUCAAUUAUGUCACAACUAUAGAUAAAAUUUCCAUCGGACAGCACUAAGACUGAUUGACUGUGGCCUGACAUGCGAAUGUUUAUUAUUAUCUUUAAAUACUGCACAUGUGAUUGGUGAUUAUUACGUCGAAAUAACCAAUGUUAGUCAAUGGGAUGCGUUUACGGUAUAAUGUCCAAUUUCUCUUGGUAGAAAUUUCUUGUGAUCUCUUAUUACCACCGUUUGGCUACAACGGUAAAAGCUGAUUAUUGGGAACUUUGUAUAGAUGGUAAUUGCUAGGUAGUAUAGCUGAGUAUCUCUGCUACGAGAAAAUUAUACAUUUUUUUAAUAUACAGGGUUUUGUUAAGGCAUUUUAGCGAUUUUUAGAGUUUCCUCUGGAGGUCGUUUUCACUUGCUCAUCUUCGUCGAAUAUUAUGACGUGUGUGUGUGCGUGGUCUCGAACAAGAUAUUGAAAAAUUAGUUGUUUAUCUCUCUUUUUAGUGAUGUUUGGUUCCUCUCCAUAUCUCACUUUGUUGUUUUUCUUUGCUACAUUAGCAGGACUUGAAUGCCAAACCUAUUCUUGGAGCUCCCAGCCGGCUUCUUCAAUUUGCUGUACGGGAUGCCGUCAAGACUGCACAGCGGGCAACUACAAGAUCUGAGUCUCCAUCUACAAGAUCCGAGCCUGCAUUAAAACGUCUUCGGUCUGUGGUUUCCACUUCUACCAUAGAUUCAGCCCCAGAUGAGGUACACCAGAGGACCAGAGUAGCUACACGGCUAUCUGGUGGCAUGGCAACCGCAGUCAGGGCAGCAGCAGAAGCUGCCAAUGAUACAACCAGGUCUAGAUCAUCAAAAAACGUCUUUAGCAGAUUAGGACAUGCUGUGGACGACUCACUUGUCCACAAAGAGUCAUCAGGGAAAGAGGCAAACCGCAGAUACUCUGAACAAAAUCUUAGUUUAAAAGGCCAUGAUUAUCCGGAAAGAAAUGGGCAUGAUGAGGAGUCUAUGCUCGAAAUGAUGGGGAUUAACGAGCAAGCGCGGACAGCCUCUGGUUCAGGCUCAGAUGAUGAAAACUAUAGCAAUGUUAAGAUUUCAAGGCCCAUGACUAUCGAUGGUUCUCGUGCUCAAAGUGUUUCCUUCGUACACCAGGGCAAAGAGACACUCAUGGGUCAGUAUAUUGUCACUCCAAAUACGGAAGAGGUUGCAAGGCAAUCACGAAUAAAAGAUGAACAUCCUCCUGUAGCUGCUGCCUCAAAUACGUCUCACAAGAUUGUAAAUACAUCUGUGAAUAUAAAUACGUGGAAACCGUCCCACAACCAAUCGCAGAGGGAGGCUAUGAUGGUUAGUCAGAUUCGCGAGGAGAAAAUGGAAGCAGGUCAACAUAAUAUGGCUGUUCAGCUCCCAACGGGAAGCAAUGCCAACUCGCUCAAGAACGUGGAAGUAUGUUUUGACCCUUCAUUUCUUUCUUGCCGCGCCUCAUUCAUGCAGUGAAAGGUUACUUCUAUGAUGCUUGUGCCUGCGAGAAACAAUGUAUUGAUCAUGUGAUGCUUCUAUGAUGCUUAUGUUACCCUGUCUCAAAGAUUUAUUCCUCAAAUUUUCUCUUUUUUAUCUACCUCGUUUCAGAUCAUAAUGCUGAACCCAAUUUUUUUGAAGCUGUGCCUUAGAUUUUUUUCAUGAAACUAGUUUUAUCUUUAGUAUGGUAUUCGAUGUUGAUCUACUUGCAAGUAAUUUGUACUUACACUGGCGCUUUUUCAUGAAUGUUUUUAUCUUCGUUUUGGCUAUUCAAUCUUUGCCUGCUCUUAUUUUUCAUGAAUUAUAUGUUCAUUUAUAGUUCAUUCCCUUUAUUAUCAUUAAUGUUUCUUCUUUAUUACUAUUCAUUUGGGAUGUGAUAUUUAGUCUACAACAUUAGUUGUUGUCUUCCUUUCGUUUUUGAUUCUGUGAUAGACAUUGCACCUUGUUGCCCGUUGUACAGGAGACAGCUCGUGCCAAUGGUGAAAAGGGUACACCAAAGUCUAUGACGUCCACCAUUGGUAUGCUAUUCAUUUUAUAUCUCUAAAACUUUUUUCUGCGUACCAUAAAAGGUUAGAUCCUGCAUGCAUGGAUCACUUAGGUAAACCAUCAUAAUUAUGCCUCCUUUUAUUCUCUUUCCAUUUGAUAAGAUGUAUGCCACUUAAGACGUGGGCGAUGAAAUGCCAUCAUAAAUGGUGCGUUUUUAUUUGAAAACUUUGAUAAAUUUUGAGAAUGAGAGCCGGGUUCUACAAAUUAUGAAUCAAUAUUUGCAGCUAUAAUCACCUUCAUUCCUAUCUACCUGACGAUUUUUAGUAUUUUAUUAAAUAUUAAUUACCAUUUCCUCAAGCUUUGAGUUUAUGAAACAAAUCGAUCACUAUUACCUCGAGCUAGUUGUAACGCUCUGGACAGACAGUUUCUGUGUGCGCAUGCGUGGUGUUUUUCAUAUCAUAGGGACUGUUUCCAUCUUAACAUCCUACUAGUUAACAUAUCCACUACUUUGUGAUUAGUAUGCUGUGAAUUCACAGGUUCUUACUCGACCACUCGUCCUUCUGAAGACGCCGAUUCCCGAACUAUCUUUGUCAGCAACGUAUGCCCUUUACCUCCUGACUUGAAAGCGCCAAACCAUAAAUUGUGGAUGAUACUGUCAUAAAUCCUUUUUAUGAUAUUAUCUGCAGGUCCACUUUGCUGCUACUAAAGACACCCUUUCGCGGCAUUUCAAUAAAUUUGGAGAAGUGCUGAAAGUGAUCAUCGUAACUGAUGCUGCGACUGGACAACCAAUAGGGUCAAUACUCGAGAAAUGAUUCUUUUUUUUUUCCUCCCUCUUUCUGGUAGAGGCUUGAAGCUGACUUUGUGUUGACUUCUGAACAGGUCUGCCUACGUGGAGUUCUUGAGGAAUGAAUCUGCGGAGCUUGCUUUAUCACUGAAUGGGACGUCGUUCAUGUCACGGAUCCUCAAGGUACAUUGAAGACUUGGCACCCAUAUUUGCUGAUUUUAGUGGUACUACUCUGCCUGUCAUAUGGUGUCUGAGAGGGUUCUUGGAGCAUCCACCUGAAAACCAAUUGGCAAUGAAUCUAGUCGGCCCGUCAUUAUAAUGUCAUGUUUAUUUCUUUAAUAGCUAAUAGAGGACUGUAGAUUGACUUUCUGAGUUUGCCACGUGGACAAAAUACAUGGGUCAACGUGGACAGAACCAAUUGGUGACGAGUAGGGUAGGCUCCAUCUUUGUAAUCACAUGUUUAUUUCUAAUAAUAAUUAACAUGGGAUAUUCUGCACUCGAUAUGGUAACUAAAGCUGGAGGGUUGCCAGGUGUCAGAGAGAGUGUCUCAAAUGAUCAAGGAUAAGGAGCAUUGACUGAGGAAUGUGUGGGGCCCUCAUUCCAUCCCACGCUCUCACCAUGGGCAUUCUGCUUUAAUCCUGUGGGGUUGAUGGCACUGGAUGGGUAGAGGUUGGGUCUUUUCUCUUUCCUAUUUUAAGAACCCUAAUAGGGUAGAACUGGGCAUGGAAUAGUGUUUUUUUCCCCUUCCCCUCUAUUCAAUGCGACUGCAUGGAUCUGAAAGCCGAAAUCUUAUCUUUUUUUAAAAAUAAAAUUAAAAACUCUAUUUUUUUAGGUCAGUUAUCCAUUAAACAAGUCAACUCUUCUCUUGAGGUGUAAUCAAUUUUUCAUGUCGUCUGCAUGGAUCUAAAGAUCCAAAUCCGUCUUUUUUCUAUUUAUCAGAACAUUUGUUUUUAAAAGCUCAGAUAUCCAUCUAAACAGGGCUCUCGAAGUGUGAUCCUCUUUCAAGAUGUCAACGCGGAUCUGAAACCAGAAAUUCAUCUUCUUUCUUUACAAAAAUCAGUAGCAAUACUGUUUCUCACAAGUUUCUCUUGAGCUCUGAACCUUGUUUACUUCCAAUCCGCCGUCACUUAACCUGACAGGAUGGUCAACUCCCUCCGGAGAGGUCUGAUUAGCAUCUCCCAUGAACAUUUCUCUGCGCAGGUCGUCCUGGGAAGCUCCGCUCACCAUGAGGCCGCCGCCAUGAGCCCCUGGUCCCGGGGGUCCUCCUGGGGUCAACCCUAUCCAGCCCGGGCCGGCGGGAGCUACCCAUUCUCCAGAGCUGCCGCCACCUUCGGCGGUGCCUUUGGCAGGCGCCUCCCCAUCAAGACCGGAGCUCGGAGCUUGCAGUGGAAGCGUGAGUCCCCUUCUCCGGCCACCGACGGCAAGCACCUUCAGAACUCUCCUCUGCCCGGCAGCGGCGGCGGCGGCGGUGGUCUCCUGUCUCCGACGGCGAGAAGCCUUACCUACGUCCGGAGCAAGCCCAAGCCCGAUGAAGCUGCUGCAUGA